AUGCGGAUUAACGGCACAAGGUCAAUAUGUGCAGGUAUUCUAUAUGUGCUGGCGCUUGCCCAACAAGCCUUGGCGAUUGAACUCGUUGCUACCAGUGAAGACUCCAUUAAAAGUGCCGCCAGUACCGCCACCUAUGGGAUGAUGACCUACUAUUCUGGUAACGAUACUGGUGGGAUUCCCGGUGCAUUCCCCAGUAAAUGGUGGGAAGGUUCAGCACUGCUGUUGGCGCUGCUCAACUACUGGCACUUCACGGGGGAUGACACCUACAACGACGAGCUGAGUGUUGCCUUGCAAUGGCAGGGUGGUACGAACGGAGAUUAUAUGCCGUCCAACUAUAGUAGCUUCCUGGGUAACGAUGAUCAAAUGUUCUGGGGCCUUUCAGCCAUGACGGCGGUUGAAUACAAGCUCCCCGAUCGCUCAACCGGAUUCUCCUGGCUUUCGCUUGCCCAGGGUGUCUUCAACACGCAGAAGAGUCGAUGGGACACGACCAUGUGCGGUGGAGGAUUAAGGUGGCAAAUCUACGUCUACGAAGGAACCGGAUACUAUAUGAAGAACGCGGUUUCCAAUGGUGGUUUCUUCCAGCUGGCCGCUCGCCUCUACCGAUACACCGGAAACGAGGAAUAUUACACAUGGGCGAAGAAGACAUGGGAGUGGUCCUGUUCAGUACCACUCGUCAACAACAAAACGUGGACGAUUGACGACUCUACGAACGGACAGGAACAAUGUGCCAAUGGAGACCAGAUCCAGUGGACAUACAAUUAUGGUGUUUACUUUGGCGGUUGCGCCUACCUAUAUGCCAAGACAAACGACGAGUACUGGCUCAACUGUACAACGGGCCUACUAAACACGCUCUUCACCACAUUCUUUACCGAGAAGAACAACUACAUCAUCUCAGACUGGGAGUGCGAAACUCAGGGGAACUGCAACAACAAUGAAGUCCUCUUCAAAGGCCUCGUCACCAGCUGGCUCGCCCAAACCGCCAUGCUAAUCCCUUCCCUGUACGACGAGAUCCUCGCCAAACUCCAAGCCACCGGCCAAGGCGCUGCAAACUCCUGCACAGGCGACAAUAACAGCACAUGCGGUAUCCGAUGGACAACCGGUACCUGGGAUGGAACGUCAGGAAUGGAGCAGGAGAUCAGCGCCAGCAAUACCUUUAGUGUACAGAUGCUACCAUGGAUCAAAGACACCGAAUACGGACCGCCAGUUACCUCGACCACGGGUGGAAAUAGUACCAGUGAUGUGAACGCUGGUGAGAAUGAAAGCGCCGGCAGUAGCGCGUCAACGUCAUCACCGAUUACCACUGGUGAUCGAGCUGGUGCUGGAAUUCUGACGGUCGUUUUUGUUGGAGGCUUGUUGGGUAUGGCCAGCUUCAUGUUUGUUGGUGCAUGA